AUGACCCCUUUCCUCCUUCUAAAGGAGGUUGCAAACAAUCUCCUCAUCCCCUUCAAAAUGCUCAGAAUUGAGUAUGCUAUGUAUCUGAGAACCCUGAUAUCUGGAGCUGUGGUGGAGCAGUUGGACUUCCUGCGUGUCAACGAGGCAGAGAUCCCAGAGUUUAAGAGCUUUGAGGAGCUGGAGCUGCCAAAACACUCCAAAGUGAAGAGACAGAUGAGCACCCCCAACGUGUCUGACCUGGAGCAGCAGCCGGAGAUCGACGUGGAGGAGUGGCUGCAGAAGCCAACCAAUGAGAUCAUCCAGAAGUUCCAUGACUGCGACUGCUUGGCCAGUCAGGCUCAGCUUGCAAGCAUCAUUCUGAGGAGAGAAGGCCCGGCAUACCUUGCAAAAGAUGAGAACCUGACGGAUGAACUUGAGAGACUCUACAGAAGAGCUGGCAGCAGAAAGCUUUGGCUGGUAGUGCGCCAUGCUGCUGCCAUUACCAAGAAGUUUGCCAGCUCUAUAGCUCCUCACAUCACCACAAUACUGGUGCAUGGGAAACAGGUGACCCUCGGCCUGUUCGGGCAUGAGGAGGAGGUGAUCUCCAACCCACUAUCGCCGGGGGUGAUCCAGGGCAUCAUCUACAGCAAGUGCUCCCCUCAUGGGGGGGAGCGAGAGGCCGUUCUUCAGCAGGAGCUGGUCAUCCAUAUCGGCUGGAUCAUCUCCAACAACCCAGAGUUGUUCAGCGGCAUGCUCAAGAUUAGAAUCGGAUGGAUUGUUCAGGCUAUGAAACAUGAGCUGAAGAUCGGGGCAGGGGACAUGCCGCCCCAGGACAUCUACCAGCUCUCCCCAAGUGACAUCAAGCAGCUCUUACUGGAUGUCUUGCAGCCUCAGCAAACCGGCAGGUCUUGGCUGAACAGGCGUCAGAUUGAUGGCUCUCUGAACAGGACCCCUCUGGGUUUCUAUGAUCGUGUGUGGCAGAUCCUCGAGAGGACCCCCAAUGGCUUCAUGGUGGCAGGGACUUACCUCCCACAGCAACCGACUUUGUCCGACAUGACGAUGUAUGAGAUGAACUUCUCCCUUCUGGUGGAAGACACAUUGAAGAACAUCGUCCUGCCCGAGUACAGACAAAUCAUUGUAGAGUUGCUGAUGGUGGUGUCCGUAGUUCUGGAGAGGAAUCCGGAGCUGGAGUUUGCUGACAAGUUGGAUCUGGACAGUCUGGUGAAGGAAGCCUUUAAUGAUUACCAGAAGGAUUGCAGCCGCUUUGAAGGCAUGGAGAAAAAGGAUGACAUGGAGGCUUUCUACAACACACAACCAAUGGGAAAGAGAGGCACCUCCAGCUAUCUGACCAAGGCGGUCAUGAUCUUGCUGCUGCAAGGGGAUUUCAAGCCUUGCAAGGACGACCCGUGCACUGUUAGCUAGAUUCACAAUGCUUUUGAACCCUAAGUCCAGCCCACUGGAGUGUAGUCAUCAAAUGAUCCUGCAAGGGGUACUGAGUAUUCAUCACAUGUAUUAAGAAGAUAAACUCUAAAUUCACCCUGAAUUUCCUCAACAGCAAUACAAUCUGAAAUAGCGUAGUUUAGCAUACUCUAUCUGAGAAGUUAAAAUACAACAACUAGUCAUGUUUAAUAUAAAAAUAUUGAUUAAUGGGGCUGAAGUUAUUUAUUAGCAUUGGUAGCUAGUAAUGUCAAAUGCAACAUAGCUAGCUGUUUUUGUAUCCUUACCUGUAUGCUAGCAGUUGUCCUUUAUAGAACUCAGAACAUUGCUUAACCUUAACACAUGUUUUUUUGCGUGCAAAUUAGUCUACUGGUAUCUUGCCCUUUCCUUAUAAAUGUCCAUUUAGCUUACCAUACAAAUUGAGCCAGCCAGCCCUGCUCUGUCCAAAGCUAAAGGGGUAUGCUAAGUUAAGCUAGCAGGCUGCUGGCUGUAGCUUUAAAUGUAGCAUACAGACAUGAGUGUGGCAUCAAUCGUUUCAUCUAAGUCCCUGUAGUUAAGGGAAUCAACAUAUUUAAAAACAUGACAAACUAUUUCCUUUGUAUCUGUUCUUCUAAAUGUUUUCGGGUAUUAUAAUAAUGGCACUAUGAACAAUAAAUAAAUGAACAAUUAGCUCGGAUGUAAGCUAUUAAUCACCAGCAACAACCUAUAGCUGUUACAUAACAAUUUGUCGGUUCAAGGUCACGUUGUAUCAUGAGGGUUUUCGUUUCCAAAAUUGAGACAUAGCCUAUGCCCCCCAGGAGCCUUUCGAAUGUGUCUCCUAGAUAUACAAA